AACUCAAUAGAACAUGUUUUAAUUCUUGAAUACGAAAGCCAGACCAAUAGUCCCCGGGUAAUAUUAAAUACGUGACCGUGCCGCAGAUCCUACCACAUCUUCAUCCCCGUAUUCUAGGCAGAACUCGCUUUAGCGCUUCCACUGCCUAUUCCAAUGCUAGGAUUCAGAUCCUAAACACCAACUGAAACGUUGUAUAAAAAUGUCGGAUUUCUCUUUUUCUUUUGAAACGCUAUUUUGACAUAACAUCUAGCUUGAUAAUUCACGAGAAUGGUUUAUUUACCGCCCAAUCAACAUGGCGAUUGCCUCAAAUGCUAUCUCGCCACUCCAUUCACAGAUGAAGAGCUGAAAGCUUUCAAGGCAGCUUUUGAGCUUGGCGCAUGCUCUAAAUUUUCUCCUCUGAUGCAACUCAAGAUCAUCCGCGCACCAGACGAUUAUUUGGGCAAAUCGCAUCAAUACAUUCGUGCGAAAGAAACUGAAGCUGGCAAUACGGAUCCAUUUAUCGUCGUUGAUGACGAGGCUAAGAGCAGAGGCGCAGUCUGGUACAUCGAUCAAUUCGCUGAGGAAGAUCAAGUCCAAGACGGAGAAGCUGAGAGCACAGAUGUUGUUUUCAAGAUUCUCACCCAGACUGAGGCGUUGGCUGUCGCUCACAUAAAUUACGCCAUCGCCAAUUCGAGCAUUGGUGAGGAUCUGGACAAUUGCGCUGUGGAUCUACCCCUCACCAACGACUUUCAUCAGCCCGACCUGAAUGAUUGCGGUGGCAUAGACCUUGAACAGCAGCAAUGGGAGCAAGAUGCUUGGGUUAUUACUGAACCUGGAGAAUUUGAAGAGAGCACCGAUUCUGAGCUGUUGAAUAACUUCUCCCCUCGCCCGAACAAGGUGGCUAGGCUGAGAGAGGAUGUUGCCAAGUCUGUUGGGUUAGUCAGCUCUUGGACAAUUCCAAGUGAUGCAGAGCCCAUUGAUCUUGAAGACGGAACUAAGAAAGAGUUUCCUCAGGGUAGUGUUGUUUUGCAGCAAAAGUACAACCCAGGAUUUCCAUGGCCAGUGGACUCACUGUAGGCGGAAGAUAAACCGUCAAGUGGACGAGCUGCAUAGGACACCUUGUUUCUCAAUAGGUCUUACAACCACCAAUGAUAUGUAAUUACGCGCUUUAGCUCCGCCCUUCGUGUCAUCGCAGCUUAUCGCAGAUGUUAUUUCCCACGAUGGCGGAACCGAGCACAUCUCAACUAAGAUAAGCGGGACAAACAAAGACGAUCUUUGCCCAAAACGCACCUUAUCAUCAGUCAUUCUCAACGCUGCAGGGCGCUUUUCCACAUACAGAAAGUGCAUCAUAGCCGUGGAAUGGGUAGAACUUCCCAACGCAGCAAUUUUUGGAGAAUCGUGGUGGGGAGGAAUGUGUGAAUCAUCAACUCCGCAUCAAGACGCACAGAUCCAGCAUUAAUGAUAAAUAGUUAGCCACU